AUGAACACAACCACGCCAAGUAGGGGUGGAUCGGUGCUGCAGGGUACGGCUGAGUCUAAGAUAAACCAACUGGGUGAGAUUAUAUACGACUAUGGGAAGAAGAGGUUUGAGGUGUUCGAGAAGAAGCGUAAGGGGUUGCAGGGAGCGUCGGCACGGUGCUUCUUGGGGAGAGGUGAAAGAAUCCAGGCUGGUGGCGGAGCAGUUCUGGGGGCUCGUCCGGGAUCACGACCUUCUGCCGGGACCGACCCGUGUGCCGCGAGGAACCCGACUAAGGGGGCAACCCUCCUAGGUCUAGGGGACCUGCUGGUGACCGAGCCCGAGCAAAAGUUAGGGCUGGCCCGUCCUGCGGUGCACCGAUCGACUCGGACAGAAUACGUGACACAGCUGCAGGUGUCGGGGAAGGCCGCUUUGUCUCCCGGGCGCCUGAAGGUAGUGCACCCCACCGACGCUGGUGUUUCUCCAGCGAAGGCUCUGAACGUCGAGGGAGCACGAAAGAAGAACCUGUGUGGCCUGGAGGUCGGAGAUUCGAGUCGUUCCGCUAUGCGCGCCGUCUUCCCUCGACCGGACGGCAGGCCGCAAGCGCUACUGGACGUUGCUGGGAAGAGGAAGAAACCCCUGCCGAGGGGCGUCACUGCGCCGUCUCCAUUGUAGAGUGGCUCUGUCGACUGGCGCAAAGCGGUACGCUUCAUUUAAAAAUCUCAAAGGCAUUUGGUAAGAAUC